AUGCGAAGCCACUCUCUGUGCCCGCCCAACCUCGACGCUUUGACUGACGACGUCAUUGGUACCGUGAGGCAGCGUCAAUUUUUCACAGCUGGGUUCAAUACGACUCGAGUGAAUGUCGGAUACCCAUACACAUGUGAAGAACGAGCAACCAAGUCAGCCAUUCUGCCAGGUCGAAGCUCCAAGUUAACCCAUCUGCCCCUCCGAGAACGUCAACGGAUUUACAAGCAACGAUACCGAAUGAAGCAACAAAGCUUCCACGACAGCUUGGAGGAUGGCAACAUCCAGCUACGACAAGAUAUCAAGGAGCUACAAAGCCGAAUUCGCGGGCUCUCGUACGCGAUCGAGAGACACUUCGCCCUGUGGUCUGUCGUGACAGACUAUUUUCGUUUGUUUCGUCAUGGUCUGCACGCUCCAAACGGGUCACCAACAGCUCAGCUCGAUUUCUUGCGAUUGUUAAAUGCACCGGAUGUCGUCGCAGCCAUUGCGAAAAACUGGGGAAUCUUUACGCAUUUUUUCCAAGAUGUCGAAGUGCAGCUCCAGCGUCUAGAGAAGAUUGGUGACAGUUCGAUUAUUGGCACCACGAUCACAAGCUUCACCAUAAGCAGACGAUCACUGAUGAGCGCGUUCCCUCACUUGUUCCAUGGUAGCAUAGUUCGAGGCAUACGCUGCAUGGAAAGCAGAGGGUCCCGCCUUGUCCGAAAGAUGGUUGACCAGCACCUAAUUAUGCGUGGUUCCGUGCGCUUUGACUGGGACAACUCGAACAAUCGCAUUGAACGGAUCUACAGUCAGAUUGAUAUUUUGUCAUCGCUACUGCAGCUUCUUGGCAACGUGGAAGACGUGUCGUUCGUAUUCAACGGCGCCCGCAUCACCCCCGACGGGAACGUUGUCGGUGACUUGCUGAUCCCCACCGAUUAG